GGAAGUAUAUUUCCCCUUUUCCAGCUAAUGUCUCUACUGCAUCAUUACGGGUUUAUCGCGCCACUGAAUUGACUCCGAUCACUAUGCCGAGCCAAUGGAGCAAAUUCGGGCUUUUUGCGCGGCUGCGUGAGCGAGUAAAGGCUGCAAACUCAAAGCACGCCCAUCAGAGUGAUGGCACGGUUGGUACAGCACCUGCAACCAGCCUCGAUCAGCGACCGUGUCCACAGCAGCCCGAACCCGACGUUGCAAUCACCACCGACACCUGCACUGCCACCGCCGUUAGAGAUUUCGUGGAUAUCGAUGUUCCCGCUGACGACGAUUCCAUCGACAUGUCCCAGCGGGCCCAGCCUGGUUCGUCACAUGCCAGUCCGGCGCAGCUGACGCCCGCCGCGAGUAGGCUAGAAACACUGCCCUCUGAACUAAGACUCCAGGUUCUCGCUUACAUUCGCGACCUGGAUGAUUUGAGGUCGCUCAUCCUCGCGUCGCCCGUCAUUUACCAGCAAUACCGUCUAGAUCGGAAACAUGUGCUGAGCCGGGUGCUCCUUUCCACCCUCGGCAGCAUGCUGGUUGAUGCCCACGCCGUGCAGAGGUCUGCAACGCUUUAUAGUCCGCCUCGGCCGCUGGCCCCGGACGCAAUGCGGGACUUCCUUCACAGCUACAUUUCGCUGCGCUUCGCGGGGCCCGAACUGGCGCUCGAAGACUGUACCCUAGCCGACCUUCUCGACAUCGCAGUCUUCCACCAGUCUGUCGCUCGACCCCUAUCGCUGAAGUGCGCAGCCCUCUUCCUCCAACAUCUCGAUCCUUCCCUCGAGGUCGGUAGUCUGUCCGAUGCAGAACAAACACGUCUUCUACGGGCCUUGUACCGCUUUCAGCUUUACUGUAACCUCUUCGGUCAGGGGCCCAAACCUAGACGAUACCGCGCAAUGCCCAUGCUUGACCCUACCGAGACACUGGCCCUCUUCUUUAGCAACCUUAACCCCUGGGAGGUAGAGGAAAUUGACUGCAUCUACACCCUGAUACGGAAUAAGUACGAUGCAGUCUUCGAUGCCUCCCAGUGCGAAGCAGCUGACCGCCGGCUACUGAGGGAAGGCACUGCCUUGAGGGGGAUCCAGCUGUUCUCCCAGGUCUUGGCAACCCACAACCACGAGGAGCUGGUCAAGACGAUACAGCGAUACCAGGUCCCGUGCUACACGUAUGAGCAUGUCCUGAGUUGGGCGACGCAACACAGCAGACGAGCUCUCUACGCUUCCGAAGGUGAUCUCGCCGAAGCUCGUAGGGAGAAGCUCGUUUUUGCCGGCGACACCGAGGACGGCCCGCCGCUCGCUUGGGUCAUUGGCUGGCGCGGAAGAUAUGUAAACGCCUACGGACCCAUCAUUCCUGCCCCUCUGAAGACAUGGGGUCAUGUAUUCUGGGAUCGCCGCCGCUUAAUCGAGAGCAAGGGGAAGGACGAGGUCCUGCUCACGAGGGAUGGACAAGGUCAAGCUACAUAAUGCGGCCACCUUAAUCAAGUGGGAGGUUAGUGAAUCUUGGGCUUUGGAAAAUAUGGGCUUGAUGAUUAUUAUACUACGAGUGAACACCUUAGGUGUGUCCUACAGUGGGUAAUACUAGGUAGGUCUGAGUCAGCAGUUAAGUUACUGUUGGACUACUAAGGCCUUAUCGUCUUUGUGUUCACUGUGGCUUUCAAGCCGUCCCACCCUAUAAGCCACAGAAGUGGCUUACCUGGGCAUAUCUAGAUUCCUCUCUCUUACAUAUCACGAAUUCAGCUACCUAUCUUCAU